AUGCUGGCGCAACGUACAUUGCGCGCCGGCAGGGGCACGUUUCAACUUGCGCCGGGCGUUCUGAAAUUUGACGUUUUGACAGCGCCCCGACGUCGGCGGCGUCUCCCGGCCCUCUCCCGCGCGCGGCGGGGCCCAUCUUCCCUCUCCCUCGCGCCGCACCACACUCGAGACUCCCGUUUCUGCUACCCCGAGUCUAGACCUGAAAAUAGACGUGUCGACUUGACAAUGGAGCGGAGCGGUCCGGUGCGACGGGACAGCGCGUCAAUCGCGAAACGCCCGCGAAAAAAGGGCGGGAAAAAAGAGCGCCAAAAGCGUAUUAAAUGCUUAAAACAGCGCGCGUCAGACCGCAACGGCUUCCUGAGGGCCGUCCAAAUUCGCAACGUUCGGAAACCAUGCGAGGACGGAAAUUUGGACAAAAAAGAAAAUACACGGGGGAAACGUACACAA